GUAGCCAUCAAAACAAAGCGAAGAAAAUAAGCAGGAAAGGAAACUGUGGACUUUGCAUUGAAACUUGACAAGUGGCAGCAUUUGUUUAAUUGUUUUACACUUAAUGCCGCAAACGAUUAUUUUCAUCCAUUCGUCAGUUUUAUACUGACGUGGCCUUACUUGACACAUAUGCAGAUCAGUGUUAUGAGUAAUCGACCAAAGUUGCCCUGUCAAACAGAAUGGAUAAAGUGAUCAACUGUUUCACCAAGAAACCCGACGCUGUGGCCAGGCUGGUAUGCUUCCCCUGGGCAGGUGGAGGGUCCAUACACUAUGCCCGCUGGGGGAGGGUCUUCAACGACUCCAUUGAAGUUUACUCUGUGAGACUCCCGGGCCGCGAGACUAGGGCCAAGGAGAAGUUCUUCCAGAACAUGCAGCAGAUUGUGGACGAAAUCGUAGAGGCCCUCCUGCCAGCUCUGAAAGAGAAGCCAUUUGCCUUCUUUGGCCACAGCUUCGGGGCGAUGACGAGCUUCGCCGUGGCGGACUCUCUGAAGCGGCUCCACGGUCUAGAACCGGUCCAUCUGUUCCUGUCUGGGGCGUCAGCUCCCUACUCCGAGAUGCGGAUCGGCGCCCCCAAAAGGAGUGAGUUGACUGACGAAGAGUUCCUCCAAUGGCUGAGCUCCAUAGGGGGCACGCCCCCCGAGCUGCUAGCCAAUCCCGAGGUGCUGAAGCUGUUCCUGCCCGCCCUGAAGGCGGACCUGCAUGUAGUGGAAAACUACAGGUGUGACCGACCGACCAGGCCCUUGCUGUCCUGUGCGGUCACCUGCUUCGACGGAAAACAGGACGUACCACAUGACCUGCAGGCGUGGAAGGAGAUGUCUUCGGGAGACUUCACAGUCCGGAUGCUGGAUGGAGAUCAUUUUUACCUGAAGGACUCAGCGAAUGAGAAGGUGCUCAUAGACUUUAUCACCAAACACCUGGAGACCUCCGAGAUGGACUACCUAUAAACCAACGCUGACUCAAUAUUUAUUUGACAUUAUAUUUGUUUGUCACUCAUUUCUGUACCAUUCCAGCUCUAACAAAAGUGUAAUAAAUGUUGUUCUUUAUUUAUAAACAA